UAUAUAUGAGAAACCACAAGUCGUGUCUUACUUCAUUAGUUGCAACAGCUGAAAAGUUAACGACUAUAAACUUGUCUUCAUCAACGCUCAUCCGCCGAAAACAUGGUUAAAUUUGUUCUGCUUACAUUUGCCUGCACUCUCGUUCUUGUUAGUGUAGAAUCUAAGGCGGAAAAGAUAUGCCCAGACCCUGUAGCAAUCGAACCUUGCACUUGCAAGAUGGAAAAUGACGACCUGUUCUUGGACUGCUCUCUCGUAACGUCCGAGGAACAACUGGCUGAGAUCCUGGGACAGCCACUCCCAUCCUACGACUUCAAGUCGUUCAGCAUCUUUGACAACUGGAAUCUGAGAACUAUUCCUACAGGAACCUUCGGCAGCCUGACCUUCGAGGAGGUGCAACUGAAAGGAGGCAGCAUAGAGGUCAUAGAGCCCGGGGCGUUGCUUGGCAGCGUCCACACGCUCAAGAAGCUGAGCAUCUUCAACCACGAGUUAUGGUCAUUCCCAUUCGAGGAGGUGGAGCUCUACAUGCAGCUGGGUUCCCUGAAAUUCGACUACAACAGACUGGAGGAGCUCCCUGCCCUGAAGUCCUCCACACUCUAUAAACUGGAUUUGAGCCGAAAUCCUCUCGCGUCCGUCCAUGAAGAUGUCCUGCAGGGUCUUCCCAAUCUGAUGGCUGUCUCUUUUGAGGCCUGCGAGUUGACUGCCGUUCUUCCAGGCACCUUCACGCGACUGCCGAAGCUAAACACGGUGAAUUUGUAUUCAAACAACAUUACCCACAUUCCCUCCGGUCUCAUGGAACUCCACGGGACCGACUCGUAUGUUUACAUGGGGAUCAACAGUGUUGCCACAAUCGACGUUGGUGCUAUUCUUGGCGUGUCCCACUUCUUUGAUUUAGACUUCAACGAUCUGACUGAAGUUGAAGAAGGCGUGUGGAGGCCGAUGCUGGAACGAGGGACUGGAAUCUAUUUAGUAGGCAACCCUUUAACCUGCGGGUGCGACAUUGCGUGGUUAAUUGAAAACCCAAGGUUCAUGAGCCAACUGGACCCUUAUGCAGCUUGUGCCAACGGGACGCUACUCAGAGACCUCCAGCCCUCGUCCUUCGUAGGAUGCUAAGAGCAACUUUUCAGAAUUUGGGGUACGGCUAUUUUGUAGCAAUGACGUGCCAUUUUGUCAGAAUUGGGUGGAUAUGCUGUAGACAUCAUUUAAUAACCUUUGCUUGGA